GUUCCGAAGGUAUGCCAAGGGAUCCCAUUCUAUUCCAUCCCAAAUCACAUCCGCUCCAUCUCCAUCUGGAACCAUCUAUCUCUCUCUCUCUCUCCAUCUAUCUUCUCGGAACCACCACUUCACCUCUCUCGCAGUCGCAGUCCCAGUCGAGUAGCAAGGCAAGAUCCACACUCCACAGGAUGGCAUCCUCCGACGACGGCAGCGGCAGCGGCGUGGUGGCCCUCUACGGCGGCGGCAAGGUGGUGGUCGAGCCCUCCUCCAAACCCGCAGCUACCUUCUCCGUCAAGGUGGGCCUGGCCCAGAUGCUGCGCGGCGGCGUCAUCAUGGACGUGGUCACCCCCGAGCAGGCGCGCCUCGCCGAGGAGGCCGGAGCCUGCGCCGUCAUGGCGCUUGAGCGCGUCCCCGCCGACAUCCGCUCCCAGGGCGGCGUAGCCCGCAUGUCCGACCCGGCCCUCAUCCGCGACAUCAAGCGCGCCGUCACCAUCCCGGUCAUGGCCAAGGCCCGCAUCGGCCACUUCGUCGAGGCCCAGAUCCUCGAGGCCGUCGGCGUCGACUACGUGGACGAGAGCGAGGUGCUCACCCCCGCCGACCACGCCCACCACAUCAACAAGCACAACUUCCGCGUCCCCUUCGUCUGCGGCUGCCGCGACCUCGGCGAGGCGCUCCGCCGCAUCCGUGAGGGCGCCGCCAUGAUCCGCACCAAGGGCGAGGCCGGCACCGGCAACGUCGUCGAGGCCGUCCGCCACGUGCGCUCCGUCAUGGGCGACAUCCGCGCGCUCCGCAACAUGGACGACGACGAGGUCUUCUCCUACGCCAAGCGCAUCGCCGCGCCCUACGACCUCGUCAUGCAGACCAAGCAGCUGGGCCGCCUCCCCGUCGUGCAGUUCGCGGCCGGCGGGGUGGCCACCCCCGCCGAUGCCGCCCUCAUGAUGCAGCUGGGCUGCGACGGUGUCUUCGUCGGCUCCGGCAUCUUCAAGAGCGGCGACCCCGCGCGGCGCGCCCGUGCCAUCGUUCAGGCCGUCACCCACUACAGCGAUCCGGAGAUCCUCGCCGACGUCAGCGCCGGGCUCGGGGAGGCCAUGGUCGGCAUCAACCUCUCCGACGAAAACGUGGAGCGCUACGCCGCCCGCUCCCACUAACUCUUCGCCAUCCAUCAGAUUCGA